AUGGAAUACUCAAUGGAAGCUGAGAGGCAAUUUGGGCCCGUUCUAUCCAGCCCAAAUGAUACGACUUUCGACUUUACUCUGUUAUUCGAGGAAGUAAUCCUCACGGCCCUUCCCCUGGGCAUUGCUCUUCUCUGGUCCGUCCAACGCUUGUGGACGCUCCGGCGAGGCGCGCCCAAAGUUCGACCAUCAUGGCUGUUGCCUUCUAAAAUGGUCGCCUUCAUGAGUUAUUCGGCAUUGCAGAUAGCGGUUUUAGUUCUGUGGGAAAGGAGAAGCCCCCCAAAUACUGCAUUCACGCUUGCAUGCCAUGUUUUGGCCAUUGUCGGUUAUAUCCUGUUGAUGCUAGUCUCAUUCUUUGAGCACACACGUUCAAUUCGUCCAUCUACACUUCUCGUCGUCUACAUCGGCCUAUCCCUUCUACUUGACAUAGCACAAGUCAGAACACUAUUCCUAAUCCCCCAGCUGGGUGCCAUUCCUCAAGUGUCUCUGUCAAGUUUUGUGGUCAAAUUCAUCAUCCUUAUUCUUGAAGCCUUCGAAAAACAGAGAAUGAUUCUUCCCGAGUGGAAGACUUCGGCCCCCGAAGCGACAGGUAGCGUUAUCAACCGCAGCCUGUUCAUCUGGUUGAACAAGCUGCUCGCCAAAGGUUUCAGAACCGUACUCAUCGUCGAUUCUUUACCACAACUGGACAACGAGAUACUUUCGGCCACGACUCCAAACGCGCUCAUGACCAAAUGGAGACGGACUGAGAAUCCUGGAAAGAACACUCUCUUUUGGUUGUACAUAAAGCACUACAAGAUGCCUAUAUUGGCUGGUGUUUUGCCACGAUUGGCGAAUAUUGGAUUCAAUUUCUCGCAACCAUAUCUCAUCCAACGUGUCCUCGAGGUUGUCGCCGAACCUAAUGAACCAAAGAGAAAGGAGAUCGGAUACGCGCUAGUGGGUGCGUAUGCAUUAGUGUAUAUUGGAAUGUCUAUAUCAUUCACCGUUUACCAGCACAAGACGUAUCGGUUGCUCACCCUGUAUCGUGGUAGUUUAGUUACCAUGGUUUACGACAAGGUGCUUCGCAUCACCUCUGGGGCAAACAAUGCAGAGGCGGUUACAUUAAUGAGUGCCGAUAUAGAUCGUAUCACGGGCAGUAUGCAUCUAGUUCACGAGCUCUAUGCAAGUAUCAUUGAAGUCGGGAUUGCCAUAUGGCUAUUGUACGAGUUUCUCGGUAUCGCAAUGGUGGCCCCAAUCGCUUGGAUGGCACUUUGUCUCCUAGCGGGUGUUCCGAUAGCGAAAGCAUCUGCUAAUGCACAAAUCCCUUGGUUGGAGGCCAUUGAAGAGAGACUAGCAUCCACAGUCAAGUGCUUAGGUGCCAUGAAAGGGAUCAGAAUAACAGGUCUGGCAGACAUUAUCUCUGCCCAGAUAACGGAUCUUCGAAUGGCAGAAAUCCGGGCCUCAUGGCGUCACCGAUUUCUCAAUGUUUUUAUCUUUGUACUGACCCUGUCAUCGUCGGGGUUGACUCCUGUCUGGACGUUUAUGACAUAUAUCCUGAUUGACAAAGCUACAGGUGGCUCUGGAACUCUGUCAGAUGGUGUUGCUUUUGCUACGCUCAGUCUUCUUGAGCUAGUGGAACAGCCGCUGAUGUAUGUGAUUGAAGGCACAGAAGAUGUCAAGACUGUCCUCAACUGCUUUGGCCGCAUUCAGGGAUAUCUGUUGUUGCCCGAGAGACAAGACUAUAGGAUUUCACAUAAUCCAUCAAAGUCAAGCUUAGGUGCUCCUGAAUCGAGUGAAGAAAAGGAACCUAGGGAGCCUUCUGUGUCCGUGACUGAGAAGCCGAAACCCAUCGUUUCGAUCAAAGACGUGGCGGCUAAAUACGUCGAAGGAGACCACGUCAUUGGCAGCAAUUGGACAUUUGACAUCGAAAGAGGAAAAGUCACCAUGAUUUACGGAGUAGUAGGUUGCGGGAAAUCUACAUUGUUGAAGGUCUUGCUUGGGGAGGUGCCCAUUGUCAGUGGCUCUGUGGCUGUAGACUUCUCUACAGUCUCAUACUGCCCUCAGGCACCCUGGUCAAAUUGGGGAACUAUUCGAAGCAAUAUUCUUGGAAUGUCUGAUUGGGACGCAGAAUGGUAUAAUACGGUAACCAACGCUUGUGCACUGCCGGCAGAUUUUGAUGAACUACCCAACGGGGACCAAACUCAUAUCGGCUCAAGAGGCUCCAAGCUAAGCGGCGGGCAACAGAUUCGCCUUUCCCUGGCUCGAGCAUUGUAUUGUCGAAGCUCGAUCCUAAUUUUAGAUGAUGUCGUUACUGGUCUAGACAAAAACACCGAACAUCACAUCCUAAACGCUUUGUUUGGGUCCACAGGGCUAUUAAAAAAGUCAACAUCGACAAGCAUUUUGGCAACUAGUUCUGAGCAACACCUUCGAUUCGCCGACAAUGUAAUCAGACUUACAAAAACCGGCAACUGCAGCGAGGAUGGCACGCUUGUAAAAUCGAAGUCUUCCGAGAGAGUGGACGAAGACACCAUUGUUGACAACACUCCGUCUGAGUUGGACACCUCUGAUCCGGAGCUCGAGUUACCGCCGGAUGUUAUUGAAGAACUAGAAGCUGGUGAUAGAGUGGAAGCUAGUACUAGCCGAAAAACAGGGGAAUGGAGGAUUUACGCUUAUUAUGCGAAAGCUGCUGGGUGGUGGCUAACCGUUCUCUAUCUCCUGGCGGUUUGUGUCUUUGUUUUUGGUUCCACAUUCCCAUCUGUGUGGGUGCAAUGGUGGACUAAUGCCAACGAGCUUAAUCCAGAUGAGGAGAGUUCAAAUCAGAGGCUGGGCUACUGGCUUGGAGUAUAUGCAGCCCUGGGGGUUUUUACGGUUAUAGCAUGUGCGAUUGGGGACUGUACUUUCAACCUUGUCGUACUACCCAGGACGUCGAGAAAAUUCCACCGGCUGUUGCUAGAUACGAGCAUGCGGGCUCACACAUCAUUCUUUACUUCAACAGAUGCCGGAAUGACCAUCAAUAGAUUUAGCCAGGACCUAGAGCUCAUCGACAACGAUCUUCCGCAGGCACUCGACUCUACCAUAUUCCAGUUCUUUGCCACCCUUGCGUCUGUAGCGCUGAUAUUUAUCGGUGCCAACUACACGGCAGCGGCUAUUCCUGUCUGCUGUGUUGCACUGUUUUUGGUCCAGCUAUUUUAUCUUCGUACUUCACGACAGAUGCGUAUUCUCGACAUUCAAGCCAAGGCUCCUCUCUUCUCGCACUUUAUUGAUACGGUGCGAGGCGUCGUGCCUCUUCGAGCUUAUGGAUGGACGCAGCAAUACAUGAAGCAUCACCUUGACGCCCUCAACUGGUCACAGCGCCCGUAUUAUCUAAUGUUCACCAUUCAGAGGUGGCUGAUGCUGGUCCUUGAUCUUUUCAACGCUGGUUUGGCUAUUUUGCUUGUUGCUAUAGUCAUGUGUAUUCCUAACAGUUCUACCGCUUAUCUUGGCGUGGCUCUGUUUAAUAUCGUAUCAUUCUCAGCAACUCUGCAGGCUCUAGUGAGUGACUGGAUUCAGGUUGAGACCGCGCUAGGCGCCGUCAGCAGAAUCAGAGCAUAUACCAUCAAUGUCAAGAGCGAGCACCUCCCUGGCGAGGAUGAUGAUGUGCCCGACGCUUGGCCGCAAAAUGGUGCCAUCGUGUUUGAUAACGUAUCCGCCACUCACAAUUCAUCUCUGGAGCCGGCUGUCAAAAAUAUUGACUUGUCCAUCCGUGCUGGUGAGAGAGUUGCGAUAUGCGGCCGAACAGGCAGCGGCAAAUCAACCCUGGCUUACACUUUGAUGCGCAUGACGGACAUCACGGAGGGCAAAAUAUUAAUUGAUGACAUCGAUAUCAGCACGAUACCGCGAGAUGAAGUAAGGCAAAGGAUCAACGCUUUGCCACAGGAACCCUUCUUCCUCACGGGAAGCGUCCGACAAAACCUCGACCCAGGGACAUCUGUGAGUGACGAACGUAUGAUUGAAGCGUUGCGAGAGUUUUCAUUGUGGGAACACUUUGAGACUCGAGACGGUCUUGAUGGUGAAAUGGAUGAGGAAGAACUGUCUCACGGACAGUGCCAGCUCUUCUGCCUUGCUCGAGCUGUUCUGCGACCCGGGAAGAUUAUGAUUCUGGACGAAGCAACAAGUAGCAUAGACAGUGAAACGGACCACAUGGUGCAGCAAGUCCUCGGCAAGGCAUUCGAAGGACGUACAGUCAUUGCAAUCGCACACAAACUGGACACCAUAAUGGAGUUUGAUCGAGUCGUCAUGAUGGAUAAGGGCCGCAUUGUAGAGAUGGGUUCGCCUGGGCAGUUAAUGGACACCGAGGACUCAGCAUUCCGUGACUUGGUUAUGCGUGAACUCAAUGGGAAGCCUUGA